ACACUCAAAGAACGUGUUAAGACAUUUUGUGACGUCACACUAAAAGACCAAGCUAUCAGUAAAUUCAUGGUUCAAUACUGUGGUUCGGAAUAUCACAAUGUUAAAAGUACAGCUCUUUGUUCUUUUUCUUGUUAUCCUCCGGAUUGCAAAAUGUGCCAUAGCGGUACUGCAUAUCUUUCAAAACUUACACCGGGGCCCAGUUAAUGGAUAUUGCCCUUGAAAAUUUUUUUUACUUUUUUCUUGUAUUGAAUAGUGCUAUCUCAAUGUUAAAAACUGAUGCGUCAGCAGGUAGGAAACCUUUUAUUAAGACUACCUCAUUCACGAGAAGUCAUAGAAAUAUAUAAAAGGGAAAGGAUGCUUUCUUAUUUUUAUCUACAUAACAAUAAAUUACACAGCAAAACAGAUUAGCACAUAUGUGACUUAGUGUUUAAUUUUCUUCUUACAAAGCGAUUAAAGGUAAACAUGACUUAGAUAAUAUGUCAACAUCCAUUUACUAAUUCGUUGACUUAAAUUUUGGUAUGUAAAUGGCUGCAUCCUGGUAAUCGCUGAUCACAAAUGGUUCAAAGGGAACUCAUAAAACGUUGUUUGAACUGUUGAAUUAUUGGGCGCUUAAAGUUAAAUGUAUUUCACUUUUAAUUAUUCGAUGCAGCAUUGCCAGGUGUAGAAAAUCAUCCAAACGACGAAUAUCGAUUUGGAAUACGAUCGAAAUGGAGUAACAAAAAAAGGAAAAUGGGCAAAAGGAACAAUAUAAUUUGAUACACUGCAGAACAUUAUCUAGAAACGGCGUUUUAUAAGCGUGAAAGUUUUGAAUUCGGUACUUUUCAACUGCAUUUUUUGCUGUUAAUGACUAGCGACGGGCAGAGAACAUUUGUAAAGUUAAUAUGAAACGGUAAUCAAUUAGAAGAACCGAAAGGAGAAACAACUGCGUAUCAGUGACGAGCGAAAACUUCAAGAUGCAAGGAGCAGACAGUGGGAAUGACAGCUGUUUUCCGUUCACUGAAUACAUCUCGUACUCUACAGAACUACUGCCCUCCACUAACAUUCUAUCAAUGCUGCUUCUCCUUACAGUGGUACCUGGUGCAAUACUAAAUAGCCUGAUACUGGCUACCAUCUGGCGAGUUAAACCGCUACAAACACCUUCAAACUUAUUUCUCUGCAACCUCGCCAUAUCAGACUUGGCGGUCUGUGUGAUAGCACAACCUUUGGCGUUAGCAUGGAGAUGGAGUGAAAUGAACAAUUCCAGCUAUGACAUCGUGUGUCCAUUGGCUGUUAUUACCAGUCUGGCAUCUUCUCAGUUUGCUGGCGUUUCUCUUGUGACUGUUACCGUUGCAAGUGUCGAUAGGUACCUAGCACUUUAUCUUCAUUUGAUGUACACAUCGUCUGUUACGACUAGGCGGGUUGGGAUAGUCUGCGCGUUCACAUGGUUCGCGUCUACCUUUGUUGUAUUCAUGGCGUUUGCUGGGCGCUCGACCUACAACGCGCUUUGUUCCGCUCUUCUCCCAAUAUGUAUUUUGACAGUUGCUUUUUCGUUUUUUAAGAUUGUGAAAGUGUUAAUGCGCCACCAUACUCAAAUUGCUGCUCAGUCGAUGUCCUCCAACUCUAGCCAAAGUGAUAUGGUGUCUAAUUUAACGCGCUACAGAAAAUCGAUCGCAGGCUUAUCUACCAUUCUGCUCUUGCUGUUUGUUUGCUAUUUUCCAUUUAUUGUUGUUAUGAUUGUUUGGGAGAUAUUAGGCACCACGACGACUGUAAGGAAAUGGUGGCAGACGUCUUGUGUCUUAGUCUUUUUAAACUCUACUUUAAAUCCCAUAUUUCUUUGUUGGCGGUUGAGUGAGAUGCGAAAUGCUGUAAAGACUACUGCAGCUAUAGUUUAUUCAAAACUUUAUUCAUUUUUUAGACUUUGUAGAUAUUGGAUGUGAUCGCAAUCUGACAAAACUUUGCUGUUUUUUUAUGAGUAGAUGGCAGCCAAAGAAAACUAAAUGCUGGAAAUUAGGGAAAUCACUCUUUUGUUUCAGACACGCAAAGACUGAUAGUAAUGUUUUACCAACAAUAAACAGAAAGUAAAAAUAGCUGCAUUCUAAAAAAA